GAUUAGAGGAACGACAUACAGCUGAGAAUAUAGCUUUAGGAUUAGAAAUGAUAUUCUUCGAUUGGAAUUUAGAAGAACAAAUUUUUGCCAUAGUACACGACAAUGCAUCCAAUAUGAUAAACGCUGCAGAAAAUCUUCAAAAUAUAAAUGAACAUGUUAACUGUGCGGCUCAUACCCUACAACUAGCUGUGAAUGAUGCAUUACAAUUAGAAAAUAUAGCAUAUGUUAUACAGAAAGCACGGAAAAUUGUUGGACAUUUCAAACAUUCUACAUUAGCAAUGCAAGAGCUACACAAAACUCAAAUAAAAUUCAAUCUGCCGCAAGAGACAUUAAUUCAAAGCUGUCCUACAAGAUGGGAUUCCACUUAUUAUAUGUGUGAACUUUUACAAAAAAAUAGAACUCCUAUUUUGGCGGUAUUAAAUGAUACAUCUAUAACAAAACCGAGGCAGGCUCAAAACUUAGAAAUCACUGCAAUUGAAUGGUUGACUAUAGAAAAACUGGUGACGCUUCUGAAACCUCUCCAAUGUGCAACCACCGUAUUUUGCUCUUCAUCCGAAGUCACAAUAUCUUUGGUUCGUCCG